AUGCGAGACUACGACAAUGACUCAGAGAAAGACCGAGAAGCACUUUCCACAAUACACAGCUCAUCACAGCCAAACAAAGCCAUCGGCUCAACAAGUGCAAUGCUCCGCGUCGCAAUAUGGGUCUCCUUCGCAGCAUGGAUCGUCAACUUCGACAACGGAUACACAGGCACCGUGCUAAUUAUGCCCUCAUACAAAAAAUCCUUCGGAACAUGCACGCAACUAAUGGAUCCCAAAACCGGGACCAUCGUCGAACAAUGCUCCAUAACACCCCUCCAACAAUCCCUCAUCAGUCUAAACUACAUGUUCAUCGGCAUCGGCGGCGGCCUAUCCGGCUUCACGGGCCGCUACUUCGGCCGCCGCGGCACGUUCCAGAUCGGCUGCGCGCUCGCCAUCAUCGGCGCAGCCGGCAUGCUGGGCACAGGCGGCCGCGGCAACGGCAGCUUCCUGCACUACAUGAUCUGCCGGUGCAUCAGCGCGAUCGGGCUCGGCCACCUGAUCGCGGCCAGCACGACGUACGGGUCCGAGUGCAUUGUUGCGCAGAAGCGCGGGUUCGCGCUGGGCCUGUACAAUGUCGGGCUUGCGCUGGGCAAUGUUGCGUCGAGCGCGGUGUGCGCGGGCUCGGCGCAGCUGGAGCCGGGGAAUAAUUGGCAGUGGAAGACGCCGAUUCUGCUGCAGAUUCCGUUUGGGAUUAUAUUGGGGGCGGGGAUUCUCAUGUUCCCUGAGUCGCCGAGGUGGAUUCUGAAUCAUGAUGCUGGGGAUGAGCAGGGGGCGCGGAAGGCGUUUGGGAUGCUUUAUCAGAUGGAUCCGUUUGCGGCGGAGAUUACGGCGCAGAUUGAGGAUGUCAAGGCGCAUAUUAAGGCUGAGAGGGCGAUUGCGAAGUCGACUUCUUGGUAUGAGAUUUAUCAGCUGAAGCAUAUUCGGCGGACGGCUGCUUCGGCGCUGGUUCAGAUUGGGCUUUCUAUUACGGGGAUUCAGUUUGUGCAGCCGUAUGCGACUACGUUUCUCAGGGGCGUGGGGAUCAGCAAUCCGUACUUGAUCAAUGUUAUUAUUGGGGUCUGCAUUCUGGGAGGUGCAGGGUUAGGCCCGUUUGCGGUUGAAUAUGGAGGACGUCGACUCACGAUGUUGGCUGGGUACGUGAUGAUGGCAGCCUGUAUGUUGAUCCUAUCAGCAGUCAGUACGGCAUUGGGUCAAGAUGACAUCUCAAAAAUUGUUGUCGUCGUCCUUCUAUGCAGCUGGUCAUUCAUUUUUGGUGGAACUAUUGCUCCCACUGCUUAUUUAGCAUCCGUGGAGAUGCACAGCGUAUCACUGCGCACAUACGGGCAAGCAAACUCAACGAUCAUCUAUGGGAUCUUCUCAUUUGGUGCCACUUUCUGGACGCCAUAUAUGCUUGAUGCUCAGUAUGGUAACAUGGGCGCCAAUGUUGGAUAUUUCUAUGCAGGUGUGACUAUUGUCAUUGCCGCUUUGAUCUUCUGUCUUGUUCCAGAGACUGCCAGUCUCACUCUUGAACAGAUUGACAAUGUGUUCGACUCUGGAAUUCCAGCUUGGAAGACCUCUGUGGCAGGCAACAAGAGGAUUGUUCAGAGUAAGGAGCUGGAGUCGCAAAAUUCGAAAUAG